UUAACUCCGAAAUUUUAACUUUUACACAAGCUCGCGUUGAUGAGUUUUGACUUGUGAGUGUGUGCAAAGGAAAAAUGUGGUUUCUUGGUUGGAAAGGAGCGUCAGGGUUCUCAGCCUCUUCCACAGCCGAACAAGUCACUCAAGGGAUCGAUGGAACCUCUCUCACCGCCAUCGUCACAGGAGCAUCAAGUGGUCUUGGUCUGGAGACCACCCGGGUUCUUGCAUUGCGUGGUGUUCAUGUUGUUAUGGCGGUAAGGAAUGUGGACGCUGGUAUGAAUGUCAAAGAAACAAUACUUCAGGAAAUUCCCUCGGCUAGAAUUGAUGUUAUGGAGUUAGAUCUUAGCUCUAUGGCGUCUGUAAGGAAAUUUGCAUCAGAUUUUAAUUCAUCUGGUCUUCCACUCAAUAUCCUGAUUAACAAUGCAGGUUUGAUGGCAGCUCCAUUCACGCUUUCCCAAGACAACAUUGAACUGCAGUUUGCAACCAAUCAUUUGGGCCACUUUCUCUUGACAAACCUUUUAUUAGAAACUAUGAAAAAUACUGUUCGAGAAUGCAACCGGGAAGGAAGGAUAGUUAUUCUAUCAUCAGAGGCACACAGAUUUGCAUAUAGUGAAGGGAUUCGUUUUGAUAAGAUCAAUGAUGAAUCAGGAUACAACAGUUAUUAUGCUUAUGGACAAUCAAAACUUGCUAAUAUUUUGCAUGCAAAUGAGCUUGCAAGGCGCUUGAAGGAAGAAGGAGUAGAAAUAACUGUUAACUCUCUUCAUCCUGGAUCAAUUAUUACAAAUAUUCUGCGAUACCAUGGUUUUGUUAAUGCCUUUGCUAAUAUGGUGGGCAAAUACUUCCUGAAAAAUGUGCAACAGGGAGCUGCAACUCAAUGUUACGUGGCAUUGCAUCCACAAGUCAAGGGAAUAUCUGGUGAAUACUUUAUGGACAGCAAUAAGGCAAACCCAACUGCUUUGGCUAACGAUUCAGAUCUGGCAAAAAGACUAUGGGAAUUCAGCUUAAGCUUGACUAAUCCAAAGUAAUUUAGAGGGUUUGUUUGACUGGUCUGUACUAGCAAAUUCCAUGCAUUUAAAAAGAAUUGUAUUGGAAAAAAGUUAGGGAGACGUGAAAAUUGUGGUGUGUAAGCUAUAUGUCUCUUGAAGCUUUUUAGUAGUUACAAUCCAGACUACACAUUACUGUUUUGAGAACACAAUUGUUGAAAAUCAAGCAAUAUAUUAUUAGUUUUGGAAAUU